AAGUAUUAAAAGCAGCAAAGACUUCUUCCUCACUCCGCAGGCAACAGCCAGGAGCCAGCAGUACCGUAAUCCCUCCUUUCUCUCCCUCUUCACCGAUUUUCUCUCCCUACUACAACAUCUCUAUUCUAAACUAACUCCAUCAAUUUCGCCUCCCCAUUUUGGGAUCUGGGUCGCCUUUACUUUCCCUCAAAACACCAAAACAAACCACAGAUUUACUUUCUUUUGAAUCUUCACAACCCUGUCUUUCUUGGAUUCUGUGCUACUAUGACUUCGAUUUCGACAUGGCAUUCUCACUAAUCUGAACACGCCCUCACCGAUUACUCGUAGAGUAUAUAUACACACUUAUAUUGAUUUUUUUUGUAUGGUGUACAAAGUGUGUAUUGUUCACAAUUGGACUACUCAAAUGAUUGAGUUUGAGGUAAAGACUAAAGUGAAGUUCUGAUCUUUUUGACUCAGGGGAUACUUUCUCAUGGCUCAUCCAUCAGACCAGAGGUUGUGUAGCCAAGGGGCGGUAAGAUGUGUGGUGAUCUUUGUGGGCUUGUUUCUGGUUCUUUAUAUUGUGAGGCCAUCGAUCCUCUGGAGCUCCAAUUUGAGGUCAAGUGUUUUGGAUUCAUGUCCCUUGUGUUCUUGCGAUUGUGAUGAGGAUUCCACACUCCCCUUGCCUUUGGAUGUUUUGAACAGCUCAUUUGCAGACUGUGCUAAAGACAAUCCUGAAAUGAAUGAGGAAAUGAAAAAGGACAUCAUCACCUUACUAUCGGAGGAGAUUAACUUGUUGAAGAACGUAACAAGCGAUAGCUUGGAGCAUACGAACGCCCUAAUUACAGGUGCCAAGAGAGCAUCUUCGCACUACCAACGAGAAGCAGAGAAAUGCAACACGGGGAUGGAAACGUGUGAAGAAGCUAGAGAAAGGGCUCAAGCGGCAUUAAUAGAAGAGCGCAAGCUCUCCGAACUGUGGGAGAGUCGGGCCAGGGAUUUCGGGUGGAACGAUGAGUAGAAGAGCUUAUUCAACAACUUUUAGGCAUUUGAAAUUUUUCCUUAUAGUUUUAGAGAGUUUCAUUGCACGCAAACUUAGACUUGGUAGCAGUAACCCAUAUCUGUGAAUAUAGUUUUGAGCUUUUUUUUGGUCAGGUGGAGCUUUCUUUCUUUCAUUUUAGUUGACGUCUCUGAUGAUUCCAUUGAAAUGGAAAAUGAACCUGUGGGCUGUGGGGGUUCUCCUGUGUUUUUAGCAUUUACUGCCAGUGGGUAUAUCUUAAUAUUGUGAGAUGCUGUUUUGAUGAAAGUUCUCUCAGUUCCAAGAAAAUUGAAUGUGAAUUAUUUCA